UCCAACAAAUGUCCAGAGAACUGGAAGAAGAGCCUAGAAGGUUAAGUAGAGCUCUUGUGAGAACAUGAAUGUUGGAGGGAGUGCCUAUCAGAGUAUAUGGGGGUUUGAUAAUUCAAGUUGCCUGGAGAACUUGCCCUGAUCAAACUCCCUUACAAAGUCUUAACUCAUUUUAUGCUUUCAGGUUUAUAAAACUCCUUCUUUCACCUGUAACCUAGUGAGUUUCCUACUGCUUGGGCCAAAUGAUUUCUCAAUCUGAAAGCCAUUUCUGCAAGGGAACUGGGGACAAGUCACUUGAAAUGCAGCAGCCAAGAGACUUCCUCAUCCUCUAAGAAGUGACAUACCCUUCUGAAGAAUGAUUCCCAGAAGAGUGACUCAUGAUGGGCCUGGCAGGAGCCAUCUGGGUCCAGUGACAAGAUAUAGACCAGGACGACUGGAGAUGACCCUGGAUGUGGUGUUCUAUGGAAGGAAAUGAGAGAUCCCUGGGGAGAGGAAUCAGGAAGUAGAAAGUCAUCUCCCAGCACAAUGAACACCACUGAUAAAGAAAACUCAUCUGACCUUACAGAAAUAGAAGAUACAUCAGAGAUAAUAGAAUCAUCAAAGACAGAGGAUAUUGCUGAUGCCACACAGAACGUGGUGAAUGCCGAGAAAAAUUCAUUUUUUUGCCCGCUCUCAAAAUUGCUUUUAUCAGCUGACGCUUUGAUAAAGGAAAACGAAAAAAUCCAUAACUUAAGAAAACAUGAUAUUUCCAUUACAGAAGCAAAGAACUAUCUUCUUCAAGUCUUAAACAUCAUAUCACUAGAAACACUGAGUCAUAGAGUGCCAACAGAGUUUGCUCAGCCUAUUGCUUUCAAAGGCAAGUGUCAUAUUUCUGACCCAAAAGAAAUGAUUAAAAUCCUACACCGCACCUUAUUAGCAAUUAAUGGACCAGGAACAUUAACUGAAAACCGCUCAAUGCCUUCCAGAGCAAUUGCCUUGAUGAACAAAAUUUCCCUGCCAAUGCACAUUUUUCCUUAUGAGAUGCUUGCCCAUCAUUGUCUCCCUUUCUUGUUACCUUUCCUAAUAAGAGAUGACAUUCUGAAUGAGAAGAUUUUCUGUAGGAUAGUCCUUUUCAACAUCGUUCUUCCCAAAGGGAAAGUCUUCAGGCCGCAAGCAAAGAGACAAAAACAUUAUGAAAAAUUGCUCCAUCCAGAAAAACAAUUCAUGGAUCUGAAAGACCUCCAGCGGAAAUAUUAUAAGGGCAUUUUGAAGUGGAAACGAAAGUCCCGGAUGCUGUUCAAAGACCCAUCUUUUGUUAUUGAAAAGGCAUUUGUACCAGAAAUGAUCUCACUUGAUUAUAAACCCACCGUCAUUUUUAAGCUGGUCAGAAGUACUGAUUUUAAUUCACCAUAAAGAGUGGGUUGUUUGUAUUAAGUAGAAUCUUACAUUAAAUAAAACAAUGCACAUC